GAUACCGCGAUGCUAAUUAUUAACACAGCAAGUGUAGUAAGACGCUCAGAUGCUCAGUAUUAACAAGACAAAACUGAUUUUCUAAAAUUUAAAAUCUCAAUUCUUAAGCUAUCUUUAGACAAUUAUCUCAAGUCUGUAAUAUAACAAAAGCUACCUACAAACCGGAGGCCUCUAAAAUAUAUUUGAUUUUAAAUUCAAUAAUUACAAUACUUAGCAAAUAUUCAUCUUUAAAAAAUGAAUUCAACUCGUGAAAUAAUAACAUUGCAGUUUGGUCACUAUUCUAAUUUUAUUGGCACACACUUCUGGAAUUUACAGGAAGCAAGUUUUACUUACGAUGAAAACAGUAAGCCACUAGAAAUAUGCCAUGAUGUCUUGUAUAGGGAAGGUGUUAAUUUAAAGGGCGAGGUAACCUAUACUCCUCGUAUGCUGUGUAUUGAUCUUAAGAACAGUUUUUACCAAUUGCCAGAUGUACAUAGAGGCUUAUAUGAUCUAAAUUGUAGUAAUAUAGAUGAAGAAAUACUGAACUGUUCAACUAAAAUUCAAACUAUUCAAGAAGAAAAAAUUCCAAGCAAUGAAUUUUUUUCAGACUUAGCCAAACAAGAACAACUAAUUACAGAUGAUGGUAAUGAGAAAAUAAAUUUAGCUGAAAAAGUAUACAAUUUGGAUAACGAUGUUAAAAUUUGGUCAGAUUUUUUGAAAGCUCGUUUUCAUCCAAGAACUAUCACGUCAAUUGAUGAGUAUAAACACAAUGAUUCAAGUAAUGUGUUUAAUAACUUUGCUCAAGGUGUUACAUUAUGGGAUUCAUAUAAAAUGAAAGAAAUUUGGACUGAUAAUUUAAGAUUAUAUGCAGAAGAAUGUGAUUAUUUACAGGGAUUUCAUAUUACAAUGGAUUCAUUAAAUGGUUUUGGUGGUUUAGCUUGUAAGGCUUUGGAAUACUUAAAAGACGAGUAUUCUAAUAAAAACAUUAUUGCUAUGCCUGUAAUGUCAGAUAAUUAUAUUCUUGAAGAUGAAAAUUCUGAGUUACAAGCAGUUAACACCUCAUUAUUAUUUUCUUCGCUGUUCGAACAUUCAAAUAUGUUUGUGCCAUUGACUACAUCAUCCGGUGGAUGGACAAAGAGCCAAAGUCAUCUUAAUUUGGAUUACUUAUUUUACAAAAACAACUUAGAUUAUCAUUCCAGUGCUAUUUUAGCAUCAGCUAUAGAUACAUUUACAUUGGGCUAUAGAAGUCGUUCAGACGACGAUAGUAUGCAAAAUAUGUGUACCAGAUUGACCCCUUUAGGCCGAAAGGCUGUAUCAGCUUCAAUACAACUACCUCUUGGAUUUGAAUCAAAGUCAAAUUUACUAGAUUACUUACAGAAUGCAAAAUUACCCCUAUGGCAACCCAUUUCACCUCAGUGUACUACAGAAAUGUCUGUAGCUCAAACAAUUGUUAUGAGAGGCAUAACUGAAAAUAUGCUUUAUUCCAAUAAUCUCAUAAGAGAUUCAAAAAAUCCAUCUCAUCAUUGUACAUCAGCUAGUGCUUUGCUCAAAUUAUUUAUAUCUUUUUGUGAUCAUGUGCGAAUGACAGAAGUUCAUGCAUUUGAUUCAUCAUUAGAGACUAUAGCACCGUUUCCUAAUAUAUUUGCUCAAUCUAUUAACCAGCAUGGAUUUGUAGAAUCAUUAUCUAGAUCAUCUACUUCUGUGGUCGCAAAAAGUACAGCUAUUAGUGGUUUACAUAACAGUAAUUCAAUGAGAGAUAUGUUUAUAGCUUUGAAGAAUGAUUCUAGUAAAGUAAAAGGUUCAAAAUUGAGUCACAUGUUUAACUAUGGAAUUGAUAUAAUGGAUUACAAAGAAACUAUUGAAAAUCUUCUCGUUUUGAGUGAUAAUUAUUUAAUAAACGACUGUUUAUAAUUUGAAUAAGUAACUAGUAUUAAUCAGUU